ACGCUUGAAAAGUUAAUAAUUUGACAAAUAUCUUGUUUGUGCUUCCUGCAUCACACACAGUGGCGUAUUUACUUGUCAAGAUUCACCAACAGAUAAUAAACAGCCAUGAUUCCUCACUCCUGAUUCUACAAACUCACCAAAACAUUACUUACAAAUGGCAUCAUCAACAGCACUCUUCAGUUUCAAACUCUCUCUAUUCAACUCACUUCACCAUCAAAGAGUAAAGAAUUCAAAAGCUUCGUUCUCUAAUUCUCAUAUCAAUCCACGCAUCAUUUCUUCUUCCACAAACAAUCAUUUGUCGCCAACACGUGUCACUUAUCCACUUCUUACCUCUCACUCCUCUCAUAAACGUAGAUUCCAAGUUCAAGCGCAGGAGUAUUCUGCUGGGAACAAUUCUGAGUCUGUUGCUUCCGACCAAGAGAAAUUUUCUUGGUCUUCUGUUAUUCUUCCGUUUGUUUUCCCUGCAUUGGGUGGCUUGCUGUUUGGUUAUGAUAUUGGUGCCACAUCCGGUGCUACAAUUUCACUGCAGUCACCUGAGCUUAGCGGUGUCGCUUGGUCCAAUCUUUCUUCCAUUCAGCUUGGUCUUGUGGUCAGUGGUUCCCUCUAUGGGGCUCUUCUUGGCUCACUUCUAGCAUUUGCAAUUGCUGAUUUCAUUGGGAGGAAGCGGCAACUUAUUGGUGCAGCCCUGUUGUAUGUACUUGGUAGUGCAAUCACUGCCACAGCACCAGAACUUGGUGUUCUCUUAGCAGGAAGGCUGCUUUAUGGACUUGGUAUAGGUCUGGCCAUGCAUGGAGCUCCUUUAUACAUUGCAGAAACUUGUCCAUCACAAAUCCGUGGGACUCUAGUAUCAUUAAAAGAACUCUUCAUCGUUUUGGGGAUUCUGUUGGGUUAUUUUGUGGGAAGCUUUCAGAUUAGUACAGUAGGUGGAUGGAGGUUCAUGUAUGGAUUUAGUGCUCCACUUGCUGUGUUGAUGGGACUCGGAAUGUGGACUCUCCCCGAAUCUCCUCGGUGGUUGCUUCUCAAUGCCGUACAAGGAAAAGGUUCUUUUCAAGAUUUGAAGGAAAAAGCAAUUGUUUCCCUGGGCAAACUAAGGGGCCGGCCACCUGGUGACAAAGAAUCUGAGAAGCAGAUAGAAGAGAGCCUUGUCUCGUUGAAGUCUGCCUAUGAAGAUCAGGAAUCCGAGGCGAGUUUCUUAGAGGUGUUUCAGGGUCCCAAUCUGAAAGCAUUCGUAAUUGGCGGGGGGCUAGUAUUAUUUCAACAGAUAACAGGUCAACCUAGUGUUCUGUAUUAUGCUGGUCCUAUUCUUCAGAGUGCUGGAUUUUCUGCUGCAGCUGACGCGGCUAAAGUUUCAGUUGUUAUUGGCUUAUUCAAGUUAGUAAUGACAUCGGUUGCUGUCCUAAAAGUGGACGAUUUGGGGAGAAGACCUCUGCUGAUUGGAGGUGUCAGUGGCAUUGCCUUAUCUUUAGUUCUCCUUUCUGCUUAUUAUAAAUUUCUCGGAGGGCUACCAAUUGUUGCUGUUGCAGCGUUACUUCUUUAUGUUGGUUGCUACCAGAUAUCAUUUGGGCCGAUAAGUUGGCUGAUGGUAUCCGAAAUCUUCCCACUUCGCACUAGAGGCCGGGGGAUUAGUAUGGCUGUUCUUACCAACUUUGCUGCCAAUGCUGUUGUUACCUUUGCAUUCUCACCAUUGAAGGAGUAUCUAGGAGCAGAGAACCUUUUUCUCCUUUUUGCAGCCAUUGCUUUAGUGUCACUUGUGUUCAUUGUAACUUCUGUCCCAGAGACAAAAGGCUUGAGCUUAGAAGAAAUUGAAUCCAAAAUCUUGAAGUGACAGCAGAACUAGCACCUUUUGAUGUAAAUGUAUCAUAAUUUGUCGCAUUGUGUAUAUCACAUGUGUCGGAUUUGAUUUUCAUGAUAAUUUUUGCAUUAAGAAGAUAAUAUUAUAAUCUCUAACCAAGUUACUCAAAUCACAUCAGGGUUCUAACUUA